AUGCUAGUUUUAUUUGAGACCUCAGCCGGCUAUGCCGUAUUCAAACUGUUAGAUGAAAAGAAAUUACAUGAAGCGAAAAAUUUAUAUCUGGAUUUUGAGUCUCCAGAAAAAGCUGCUAAAGUGCUAAAGUUGAAACAUUUUGAAAAAUUUGACGAUACAACAACAGCAUUAGCAGCUGCAACUGCAACUGUUGAAGGCAAGAUUUCAAAGCCAUUGAAAAAAUUGUUAAAACGUUUAGUUGAUCCCGAAUUACAAGAACAAUUGUUGGUAGCUGAUUCUACGUUAGGCAAAGCAAUUAAGGAUAAAUUCAGUCUUGAAUGUAUAUGUAAUAAUUCUGUUCAAGAUUUGAUGCGUGUAAUACGUUCACAAGUGGAUAGUUUGAUUGAAGUAGAUGAAAAAGAAUUAGCAGCUAUGCGCAUCGGUCUAGCUCAUAGCUUAUCACGUUAUAAAUUAAAAUUUUCACCAGACAAAGUUGAUACAAUGAUUGUACAAGCCAUAUCUCUGUUGGACGAUCUUGAUAAAGAAACAAAUAAUUAUAUAAUGAGAUGUAAAGAAUGGUAUGGAUGGCAUUUUCCAGAAUUAGCGAAGAUCAUACAAGAUAACGUUGCAUUUUGUAAAAUUGUCCAAUUAAUUGGUUAUCGUACGCAUGCCGCACAACUUGAUCUGUCAGAUAUUUUACCAGCAGAUGUUGAGACACAAGUGAAAGAGGCAGCGGAAAUAUCGAUGGGUACAGAAAUAUCUGAAGAAGAUAUUACAAAUAUUCGUCAUCUUUGUGCGCAAGUUAUCGAAAUAUCAGAUUAUCGUGCUCAGUUGUUUGAAUAUUUAAAAAAUCGAAUGAUGGCUGUUGCUCCAAACUUAACUGUUCUUGUUGGUGAACUUGUUGGAGCGAGACUUAUUGCACACGCUGGUUCCUUGCUCAACUUAGCAAAACAUCCAUCUUCAACCGUUCAAAUAUUGGGCGCUGAAAAAGCUUUAUUUCGUGCAAUGAAAACUAAACACGAUACACCGAAAUAUGGUCUGAUCUAUCAUGCAUCACUUGUUGGACAAACAACAGCUAAAUUAAAAGGAAAAGUUUCACGCAUGUUAGCUGCAAAAGCAGCUUUAGCCAUACGAGUUGACGCAUUAGGUGACGAUACAAAAGCAACAAUGGGUAUACAACAACGAGCAGAUCUUGAAAGAAAAUUUGCUAAUCUUGAACAAAAUUCGAAUAAACGAAUUUCUGGCACUGGAAAAAUGCAAGCUAAAUUUGAAAAAUAUCAACAAAAAGGUGAUAAAAAUCAAUUCAAUCAAGAUUUAGCAGCAAAUUUACCGAAAAAACGACAAUCCGAUUUUGGUGGUGGAGGUGCGGGUGCUAACAAUAAAAAGUUCAAGAAAGAUUUAGUUGUAUAA